AUGAAGAUGAAACUGAACCACAAACUCCAGACACAGAGUGAUUCAUGGACUCCGCCCAGUCCCACACCACUUCAAUCACCGCAAUUAUCAAAAAAAUUUUCAACUGCACAAUCAUUUUACCCUUCAAGACCGCGCCUUAUACUCAAAAGUGGCAUGAUUAUAAGAAGUCUUCUAGAUGGUGUACCUCAUAAUAGCUUCUGGAAUGGGAAUCAUCUCAUUCUUGAUAGAAACAAUAGUUGGCUUUUAAAUGGUUAUAUGGAAGUGGAAGAUUUCAAGAAAUUGAUAAAAAUUUGUUACUUUCAUGCUGGUUCAUCAUCUGAGAGUUCAUCAUUUGUGUUGCAUAAAAUUGAUGCAAGUUUACAUGGAAAACAACCAGAUAUUUACUUUCAUGAUGAUGUUCUCAAGAUUGAACCUGGAAAUAUAGAGAUUGCAAAAGAUGGUAUAAUACAAGAUACAGAUAAAUUAAACUAUGAUCUUGACAUGAAUAAGAGCCUUUGGGAAAAUAUCUAUGAAAUCCAUUAUGCAUAUGACAAUCUUCCUACUUCAAAGAAGGAGAAAUUUUUCGAGAUGGAUUUUAUAGCCUUUGUGAUAUCUG